AUGAAUAAAUUGUUUCGUUUUGCUAAAGUGAUUGCUAGAUCAAUUUAUAAACCUGCAUAAAAAACUCUCUAUAGAAUUCCAUAGAUAAAGCAGGUAAUAAAUGAUGAUCACAAUUAGAAAUAUUAAUUUAAUACACAGGCAUUUUAGUAUUUUAAUUUUAAUAUAUUUAGGAACCACUUACAGUUGAUAUAAAUAUAAACUCAAGAAUAAGCUAAAUAAAAAUUAUAGGCAGGUCUCUCAGAAUUAGGUAAUUAAGUUUAUUAAUUUUUAGCUAAGAUAAAUGCAUAAUUAUUGAAAUAAACAAAUUAUGUUAGGUUUGCAGGGGACUAUAGUCCUUGUGUAAAUCCUGAGUAGUUUGUUCAUGCAUUAUAAUUUUAUAGAUAAGGAGCAUUAGCUUAAUUCUAUAGUAUUGACGAUUUAGAAACUAUAAACAGUGUUUAUCAUUCAGAUUCAGAACUGGAAUUUUAGGAUAGUCAGAUUUUAUGAGUUGAUGAAUACAUACUUAUUAAAUAAUAAAUUUAUAAAGAAAG